AUGAUGGAUAUUUCUAAGCCAAUAACUGAUUCAAUAACAAAAAAUUUUGCUACUUUCAAGAACAGCGAUUUGUUAUCUAUGCGCAAUGUUUGCAAAUACUUUCGAAAGAGUGCAAACGAAGUGUUGAAUGAACGGAUUAAACCUUUGGUCAUCGUAAAUGGUACAAUAAGAAAUGCAGCUAAUCAGAAGAUCUUUUCACUUUAUAAACAGCAACUAAAUACUAUCUCUGCUAGCGACGAUGAAUUUAAAAAUUUUUCAAUGCUUCAAAAAUGGCAUGCUGAAAAUGGUUUAUUAUUUGAUGAUUAUAAUGAUCUCACACCACUAAAACGUAGACUAUCUGGCCCAAUGUAUUUGAGGAUUGCACCAUUUGGCAAUAGUAUGAUAAUUGAUCAUGAACUAUCACUUUAUUCAGGUAGUAAAUUAAGCAAUGGUCAUCCUCGAAGUGCUAUAAUUUUUCCAAAAAUGCCUCAUGCAUCUAUUAGCAUGAAAGUUUUUGCUGGCAGAGCUCAUGUAUAUUCAAGACAGUGGCUAAAAGUAAUGCGUGAACCAAAAUUAAUUGUUGCUUUUCAAAACAAUGCUUUGUCACUAUCAGACAUAAUGACGACAGUAGACACCAAAAUCUCUCCAUUACUAAAAGACCGUUCCGUACCGAUUUGCUAUGCUUUGCAAGUUGAAAGUGAAAUACGCUUCAAACGUCUGUCUUCCUUUGUGGUGUUUCACGGGAGCAACGUUGAAGCGUCAGUGUUUGUCGAAGAGACAGCUAAUGAAGAAGAGCUGAGACAAAAGCUUUUAGAAUGGAAGAAUGGAUUAAAAUUCCUCGAAAGCCAUCACAUAGUCGCUUUCCGUCUUCAUAAAGUUAAUGUUGAGCCAGAGAAUAGUGAGAAGAUAUUCAGUGAAAUAUUUGGCAUCGAACUGAGUACCUUACGCUUACCAAUGUCUGAUAGAUAUGAAACUGGUUCAAUUUACUUCAAUUCGCACUCAAAGGCUGAGAAACUUCUAGGCCCUACGUAUGCAAUUGUUGGUUUCAAAAAAAUUUAA